AUGAUAAGGCGAUCGUUCCUGCGCUCUAACGCUCUCACGCGCGUGCUACAGCGCCCGUCGUCUCGUCUCUUCUCGUCUGCAAAGCCGAACGUACCUUCUGCCAAUGCUCCAUUGACGGGCCCUCCUUUUGCUCGGUAUUUCUGGUACACGACCGGUCUUAUGUUGGGCGUCCCAGGAGCUAUUGGCGCUGUGUUUGUCUACAACCUACAGACGGACGACGAGUUCUACAGCCACUUCAACGACCGAUAUCCACACCUGAUCAAAGCUAUCGAUGGCCACGUACCGCUGAAUGAGUCGCUAUUGGAACUAGCGAGUCGUGAGGACAUUGGACCCAUAGGGUCCAUCGACGACCUGAUCCACGAGACGGUGACUGUGGUGGCGCAGCUACACUCGGGUCAGACAGUGCGUUUCAAAGUCGCUGGCUCAGCUACGCAGGAGACCAUUGAAGCGCUGGCGCUCGAACAGUCGACGCGACCGCUGUCCGACCGUGUGGUUGCAGUGACUUUUGCCGAGGAAGGAGACGAUGUGGGUAUCAAGACGAAGCAGUCGGUGCCCAUGGCACAGGAGGCGUGGCCGCCAGCACCUCGAGUGACGUGGGGCAGCGCUGCUGCAGCCCAGAAAAAGAACAACAAACAGCCGACUGACUCUGUCAACGAGCUUCGUCUAGAGAUCGAAGAGAUCCGAAGCCAACAGGCAGCGUUGGAAGAGUCCAAGUUUGCAGGACGUGACGUUGAUGCAGUGGACGAAGAGAUCGCGGCUCUAGAGGAACGAAAACUCGCUUUAAAGGAGCAGCUUCCGCGGAAACGCUUUUUGUGGAUCUUUUAG